ACAUUGACCGCGUUAAGUAACUACUAUCAUAGAUAUAUUGUUACUUGUUAGUCCUUACAAAAUAUUACAUAUAAUAUAAUUACAUAUAUUAUCGAAAUUUAAACACUUCCAUCACGCACGUGACAACUGUUCUCAGCCGAUUUAGAUAUAUAUUAUUGUAUAAAAAUAUAAUUUAUACAUUGAAAUACAUAUAUUAUAAUGGCGACUGAAUUGAAAACAACCAGUGAAGAGAAAUUAAACGCAGGCAUGAAGUCAAUUUUAAAUGAUUUAGAAGUUGCCUGUGAUAAACUCAAAUUAUUAGAUGGCAAUGAUGAAUUAUACAAUGAAUUGCAAGAUAUGGCUAAAUCAUUAUCAACUGAAGUAGAAAAUGGUGAUUAUGUAAAAAAUAUCUUAAAACUCAAAGAAUCUGUAAAAAGCGAACAGUUAUUUUACUUAAAUAAAACAGGAAUCUCCUUUGACACUUUAUUAGAAAAUGAAUAUUUAGAAACAGCAGCAAAUAUAUUAUUGGAAACUGGUGUAUAUGAUUAUAGUUCAACUACACUCUUUCUUGAGUAUAUGUCAAUGAUUGAAAAAUAUGAAGAACAAAAAAAAUUUAUUGACGAUGUUGAUGAACGAAUAAACCAACUAAAAAUAGUAAUUGAAAAACAAAAUGAUACUAAACGUGAACUGUCCAAUAUACAUUUUUCACCUGCAGAGUUUACAUUUGAACCAAUUCAAAUAAAUCCAAUUAAAAGUGUACAACCUAUUGAAAAUCGUAAGGAAAUUGUGGAACUAUUAAAAAAGAUUGAUGAUAUUGAAAAAAAGCAAGCGUAUAUCUGUGAAAAAACUGCUACAUUGAAAUCGGAGCAGAAAAAAUUGUACCAUGGAUUACCACCAAAUAUGGAUCAAGCAUUAAUGGCAGUUAAAAUAGCAGAGGAAACAAUGAAGUCUGUAUCCAAAGAAUUGGUAAAAAAACUUGAAAAAUAAUAAUUGUAUAAUAAUUCAUCAGCAAGAUAUCUAUGUUAACUAUAAUGAAAUAUAUAAUGUA